UCCAAGAUGUCAGCGCCCAUACUAUAACACAGAGACAAUGGCUUUACUAUCCACAUGGUUUAAGUUAACCAGGAGUUGUCAGAGACUUUCAGUGUUACCACGUAGAUACAUGAAUACAGGAGUUUCAGCCAGUCACAAGUCAUUUGAAGCAGUGAGGCCAUCACUGACAGCCACAACCAGAAUUUUUGAUCUCCAAAGGGGAACAAUUCAAAACAUCCAACAGAAGACAUCUCCUGAAAUCUCAGUGAUACAGACAUUACCAUUGACAACAGACACAUUAGUUUAUCAGUGUCCUUCUAAAACAAAACCACACAAGGAAAUUUUAGACAUUGUAAAUACAGUUGGAAUGUAUGAGUGUCCAAAUGCAUCAAGAGCUGAUAUUGAUUUCAUUUUACCCACAAUUCAGUUCUUUAAUGACCUUAACAUUGAUAGAGAAUGUCCAGGUAUACAGAAACCAGAAAUGCUAGCCAGGAAAAAAGUUAGAAAGCUGUAUAGGCUAAUGAGAAUUCGCGAGAGAAUGCACAAUCGCCAUCGAUUGAAAAGAUAUCGUAAAAAGUUGAAAUUUUUGUUUAUUAAACUGAAACGUGAUAAAUUGGCGAAAAAAGAAGCAAAACUUCAAGCAGAGAUUAAAGGAAUGUAUGAUGCUGUAGAAAGUUAUGACCCCUUAGCUAGAAUUAGGGAAGAAAUUGCACUUGCUAGAAAAGGAGGGUUCAGGAUAGAUCUAUUUGGAAAUGGCAAAAACAACAAAUAAACAAGAUAAUUAGAAUUUAUGAUGAACCAGUUAAAAAUUCAUUGUAUGCUAUUAACAUGAUUAAACAAUUGUUCAAAGUUUAUGAAAAGAUAUUAUUUAAGUUCGAA